AUGCUUAUCAACACCCAACAUUUCCUUUCCACGACGUCACCAGUCUAUGUACCAAUAUUCAUGCAGGCGCAUGUCAAAGCGAUGCAACUGCCAUCUGCCAUUCCGCAAAUGUGCAUCUCAUCAAACGGUGCCAUGUGUCCUCCGGUUGUUGGGAAUAUUGCAUCCCCGAGUUCGCCUACUGUAGUGCAGCAGCAGCCCUCACCCCCUUGCGCCGCUUCCACGAACGGAGUCAAUGGAAACCAUGCUGGCACUCCUACGUCAGAUGGCGAUUCAGUCAGGCUGAUCGCUGCACCAAACGGCAUUGCUGCCAAUAAUACUGCAACACUUAAUGGCACAGCACAUCAAUCCACAGACUCCAAUCAGGCCAGCUCACCAGCGCGUCCCAAGGCCGAAUCCCAGCAUGUUCCGGUAUCUGUCCCACUUUUCAUUGUCAUGCCCCAGGCUGGAGAUUCCUCAGACGACUUCGCAGCAGAACUUGACGCUAUUGAGGAUACUGAGUCCGAAUCUGGAAAUGAUGAGCAAGACAACAAGUUUGAUGCACGGAGCGAACUCGACACCCUGAGGACAGUCUUGACAAUUCCUCAGCCUGACGCGCCCAUGCACGAAGUCCACAAGGCACUAGAACUGGCGCAACAAGCUUAUACUGCAGUUCGGUCUGAGUUGCGCGCUCUCAAGAAAGACCAUGCGAUGCUUCAGGCUGCUAUCCCUGCACGCAGCCGAAACCGAGUCCUUAAGAAGACAUCAACCAUCGACAAUGACAUUACCCGUGCGGGCAAGAUGUACGCCAUGCUCAACUACUUUUGGGUCAUGAGCGGGCUCUUUCCGACAAAACCCCAGCCAGACGUUGAUCCACGCAGUGAUACGCGUUGGUCUUCGCCUGAAGCGAAGCUCAAUGGUGCAAUGGCCGAGCUAUAUCAGUGCAUUCCCAAGGCUUUGCAUAAACCGAUGGAGACCUACCCACAGUUUGGAUCAGUGAUAUGUCCGAUUCUCCCUCUGUCUGCGCAUCAACCCUUACGCAUGAGAUACUCUAGUUUCGCGCUGCGUCUCAAGGACUGCGCUGGUCUUAUCUUCUCUACUUUAAAACUCGACCCGACUGUCUUCACUGACGAGCCUGCCAAAAAGAAGGAGAAUGCGCAACUUCUCACUCUUUUAAAGAAGGAUGUCAGUGCAGAAAAGUAUACACGUCUAGCCCCCGUUCUGUUCAUGGAUCCUUCUGCUCUCGUUCCAGACGACUUCCUCAAAACACCAGUCAUGGCCAAGAUCAUCCGAGUCGAAAUCUUCGGGAAGGCUUCACUGUCUGGGAAGACCAAAGGACAUCCGAAGGCCAGGGGUCAGCGUUGGUCUACGCAGUGUGUCACGGAAGGUCUGAUUGCAGGUGCUGCUAUUGUGGCGCGUUUUUUGUUAACACAUGAUCAAGAGCUCACCGCAACCGGACUAGCCACGAAAAUUGACUAUGCACAAGACUUUGAUUUUUACUUGAAGCGACUAUUCAAGCGCAGCCCAUGGGCUACGAGUGUGAUCAACUAUUACAACCAGGAGGUUUUCGGCACGAGCUCAGUCCUAGCUACUAGUGGUACUGCUACUCUACCCUCUGCUUCCCAACCUCACACCUGGGAAGACGACUUCUUACAGCAGUUAGAAGAUCCUGCCUCCGCACCACAACUUCCGUCAUCGACAUCUUCACACAUUACUUAUGCUCCAACAUCUAUGUCUAUCAGCAAUCCAGGAGGGCCUGCCACCACCACGCAACUCCAACUCGAAGUUGACAUUGGUCAGCUGUCGCUCGAUGCCGCUAGAACUGACUUGCCACCAUCCGCAUCUUCUGGCAAGGGUGGUAGGGUGUCUGCAGCUCAACGUCGAGCUAUUGCUCAGGCUGCUCAGACUCCCGUGGACUCAGACGUGGUCCCUGUCAUUCCUUUGGCUCCUCCUCCAGUAGUCAAGCGUGUUACACGCAAUGGUGGUGCCAAAACGACAGCGAGGAAGGCGUCAGGGAGAAAGUAG